GAAGUUGAACUGCAAAUUCCCCAAACCCAAAACACACACAAAUCACCGCCACCAAAUCCUCAAUUCUCUCUCUGAAACUUCCAAUUUCUCAUCACAAAUUUCACAAUCUUCAUCCCAAAUCCAUGGCGGUUGAAGACGACUUCAGUUUCCCCACCGCUUUAGAGCCCUACAGUCGCUGCGGCAUCGAUUCGCCGCCGCUCUGGCGCCUCUCUCCUGCCGCAUCGCCGAUUUCUUACCGUCAACGAACAGCCUCCAACCGGAGUUUCAGAGACGAUCAGAAGAGCGAUGGGUUCGCGUCGGUGAGAUUCUCGGCGUCGUUGCAGAGGAGGAGGAGAUUUUCGAGCGAUGCGGCGAUGGACGGCGAGGAGGAGGAGGAGGUAGCGGCGGAGAAGAUGGAUGUUCUUUGGGAGAAUUUCAACGAGGAGUUGUCGAGGAGUGGGAGAUCUAGGUUGAUGAAAACGGCGGAAAUGGAGGAGAUUGAGAUUGUGAAAACGCGGCGGCGAAUGACGGAAUUGAAUCUGUCGGAGACUUCCGGCGCGGUGGCGACGAGGAGGAAGGCGACGGGGAAGACGGCGUUUGUUAAGGCUUUGAAGAAGCUUUUCUUGUUGCAUAACAAUUCCCGCCGGAAUCUGCAAACUCGAUCACGGUGAGAAACAGAGGAUUUUUUUUUUUUUUUUUUUU